AUGGAAAAUGUAUCUCACAAGAAUCAUAUAGAAAUGUUCAAUCUGUCAUUCUACGAGAUACGCGAUCACAUUGUCCUGGGUAUUCACUCGCAGGAACUAGCGGUGUUUGCGAUGGGCAGGUACCACACAUCGACCGCCGCGCUCCUGGCCGAUCUACAAGAAGGUGGACGAUUGUUUGAACUCCGUAAGGCACAGGGUGCCACCGUGAAGCCGUCCGGAGAUAAAGGUUGGAAAACAUUCCCGAAAGCACAAAGGAAAACUGCUGCACCAGCACCAACUGCAGAAGAGCAAAACACAAACGUCAUCGCCAAUAGAAUGACGUCGAUCAGGGAUGAAGAAGCGGAAAAGAAGACUGCUUUAGUUACCGAGGACCGAACAGUGGCAAAGAUAACACAGGACUUCUGGUUUACCGGUUUGAAACGAUACGUCCGACAACACAUACAAAUGUGCCUCGAUUGUCUGACCCACAAACGGCCGGCCGGUAAGAAACCGGGACUCCUCCACCCUAUCCCAGCGGGAAGACGACCAUUUGAAGUCGUUCAUGUUGAUCAUCUGGGACCCUUCGAAACCAGUUCAACGGGAAAUCGAUAUAUAUUAGUUUUGGUCGACAAUAUGACUAAGUAUACACAUCUGUAUGCGUGCCGAUCCACUGAUGCUGCUGGUGUUGUAAGACGUUUAAUUAAGUUUUGUGAUACACGUGGAGUGCCACGCCGUAUUGUCAGUGACCGGGGUACCUGUUUUACCAGUAGGUCGUUUGAAGAUUUCUGUCGACAACGAGGGAUCAGUCACACCCUCAAUUCCACUCGGCACCCACAGGCGAACGGGCAAGUGGAAAGGGCGAACAGAACGAUACUAUCACUCCUCAGCAUGAUGACCGACAACCAACAGCGUUGGGACAUCCAUCUGCCGGAAAUCGAACGGCACCUCAAUUCGGCGGUGAACAAGUCGAGUACUAAAUCACCUUUCGAAGUGCUACAUGGAUACAACCCACGGUAUCAUGGGGGCGUCUUAUACGAUCACAGCCGCACUCGCGAUGAUUGGACAGAUCCGCAUGAGCUUCAAGAUCGUGCAUGUUCCUCGAUCGCUCAAAGUCAGUCGCCUAUGAAGGUUUUGUACGAUCAGCGUCACCAUCGAGGUGUGAAAUAUGAUGUAGGGGAGGUCGUUGUGAUGAUGCGACAACCGCGGCCCGAUCAAAACUCCAAGUUGCAAGCAAAAUAUCGAGAACGACCCCUGCAGGUCAUGGAAGUGCUGCCGGGCGACACGUACAGAGUGGCGGAACUGGCCACCGAUGGUCGUGAGGUGUAUGCGACGACGGCUCACGUAUCGCAGCUAAGGUCCUGGAAAAUCCUUCGUGAGGUUGAAGAGGAUCCACCAGACAAUGUCCGACACGAGGUCGAGGUUGAAGAGGAUCCACCAGACAAUGUCCGACACGAGGUCGAGGAAACACGCUCCGUCGUAGCCGAUGCGGGGAUUGCCAGGCCCAGUCGAUCCAGGAGGCGUCCUGCCCACCUCGCGGACUAUGAGCUGGAUGAGGUAUAG